CGUUCGCGAGCACUGAACCGUUAAAUCGCACUCGAGAAAAUACCAAAUGCUUCCGUCACUGUGACUGUCGUCUUAAGACUCGAACGUUACCACACAAAGCUGACACCACGUGUUCACUGGUGCAGAUGUCUUCUGAAAACACGGUCACGCCCAGCGGGAGCUCACACACACACCUAGUGUGUGAGGCGUUACCGUGAGGGACUGAGAGGGUGUGUCUUCUCACUUGCCUCCAGACCAGACUCCGACCUCCUUUCAGAGGACUCUCUACCACCCUGCGUGUGUUUUGUGUGUGUGUGUGUGUGUGUGUUUGUGGCAUAACGUGAAGUAAGUACAUUUAUUUUGACAUAGUUAUGCGGUGUUUGCUAGGGCUGGGACUGUUUUGGUAACGUUAGUGGAUCAGUGUCUGUAAUAAUGGUCGGUGGAGGUGAAGGUAGAACUUCAUCUUGCGUCGAGAUGAUGUAGUUUCCCUCGGUGAUGUUUGCUUGCCGGUAAUUUCUCGCGCUCUGGAUGCACAGCACUUCAUCCCCACGUCAGAGUGUGUAUGUAGAACGACUGCCUUAAGGCUACUUAGCAGAAGAUGUUGUCGAAACAGAGAAUGUAGCACAUCAGGUGCACGUUCCAGCCUAAGCAGGGAUUGGCGCAUUUAACGAGGAGCUUCAGGGCGGAUUCUUAAAAAGAGAGACGUAAAAACCUGAUCCGUUUCCGCUGUCCACAGCUCUUCCCUGCCUCUGUCGUUCAGCCGUUUCCAGCAGCCGUCGCCAUGCCCGAGAACGCGGAGUCCCACUCUGUCAUGCUCACCACCAACCGCAACUGCACCGUGGAGAUCACCAACGUCAGCACCUUGUACUGCCUCGUCAACCCCAAGGUUUACAUGGAAAGCGGCUUUCCCUUCAGCCCACCACAGCCCACCGUGCGCACCACCAGGACCGAGGUGUGCUCUUUCACCAAGGACGACAACACGGCAUCGGGGGCCGUGGGCGUCCUGACCUACGACCUGUUCGACAUGCACAACCGCCAAUGCAAAGAGCUGAUGGCUGUCAUGUUCUCGGUGCCCUUCGACUACAACUUCUACAAGAACUGGCUGGGGGUGGGCGUCUUUGACCACACGCAGGCCUGCGACAAGAAGCUGUUCAAGCUCAUGUACGAGGGGAAAGAUUUCACCAACUUUGCGCGCCACGAGGCCGACGGCUCGGGGGUGAAGCACAGAGGGAAAACAGUGGACGUGAGGGCCUGCAUGUCUGACGAGGGCAGAGCUAUAAUUAAACUUGAGCUGUAUGACAAGAUGGGCUGAUGGGUCCUGUUUGUUCUGCUCUGAGAGUAAAAAGCUCUGCACCAGACGAGUGUGCUGGUGUGGAAUA